AACGUUUUAUCUGUUACAAACAAAUAAAAUAAAAAUAAUAAUCGUAUGGAAACGAAUCAAAAUUAAGCAAACAAAAUCCUUUUGCAUUAAAUAAAAUCGAAAUUAAGCAAAUUAUAUAUAUAUGUGUAUGUAAAAUCAAUGUCAUAAAUAAUUAAAAAAUUAACAGAGUAGUGUAAUUAUAAUGUUUUUCUCUCUAAUUCGUCAGUGUUAUCGCUCAUCUCCGGCAGAUCGAAAGGAAUCAUCUUCUUCUUCAACCGCGAUUGAUACGCACGCGCGGACGACGACGACGACGAUCUCUCGAAGUGUUAAUCGCCACGCGCCGCGUUGUCCGGAGCAGAGAAGGAUCGACGGAACACGGCGGUGGCGGCCGUCUCUUUCUGCCAUUUCCGAAGACGCAGCAUCCACCACCGUAUUCGCCGGAGAGGCUGAUCGCUCGUUUGGAAAAGUUGUAGCCAGAGAAACGACGUCGUUUUCCCGCAGAGAUACGACACUGAAAAGAGCCUGGAGAAACACAAUCACAUACCGUAUAGCAUCGCCGGGUUACGCUCCUUCUCCGUUCAUGUAUUGAAAUUAAAAUGUGUAUUCUACUUCACCUUCUGUAAUGUCAAAGGUUUUUUAUGUAGAACCCUCUUGUCACAGAAUUAUUUUAUUGUACUGUAAUUGUUUGGAAAGCCUUAAUUGUAUUAUUAAAACGACAUCCUUUUAUAUUUUAGCGGACCCAUGUGUAAUUUUUUUUUUUUUUUUUUUUUUUGGCACAAUUCAUGAUUUCAUAUGGUUUUAAGUUUUAACGUUAGAGCUGUUUAUGUGAUGUUACAAGUUAGAGGCUAUAUUGCUGACUUUUUCUACAGAUUUCGAUGUUAUCUAAGUUAUAUAGAUCCAAGUUACUCUUGCUUAAAAAA